AUGAGUUCCCUUCUAUGGCCCAAGGCGAAACCUGCCUUCAACCGCUCCGAGCUUUUGCCUUCGAUUAAGGGCAAAGUCAUUCUGGUUACUGGAGGAACAAGUGGCCUGGGGCGACAGGCAGUACUGGAAUACGCGCGUUAUGAUCCCGAGAAGAUAUGGCUUGCUGCACGAAACGCCGCCGCUGCAGAGAGGACCAUCAAGGAAAUUCAAGACGAGGCUCCAAAUGCAUCCAUCGAGUUCAUUUAUCUUGAACUCACUUCAGUUGCAUCGAUUCGAAAGGCGGCUCGCAUAAUUCGCCUGAAAUCAAGCCGACUAGACAUUCUCAUGCUGAACGCUGGAAUCGUCGCAGCACCACCCGGACUGACUGAGGACGGCUACGAAAUGCAGUUCGGCACUAACUUUAUCGGAUCUGUUCUGCUUGCGAAGCUUCUGAGUCCAACCCUUCUCGAUACUGCUGAAAUACCCGAAGCAGACGCCCGAAUCAUCUUUUUGGGCUCUCAAGCUUCCUCGAUGGCUCCGACGCAGGGCAUUGUCUUUGAUGCUCUCAAAACAGACUUUGGUGAAGUUGGUGCAUGGGCAAGAUACGGUCAGAGCAAACUCGCAGUCAUUUUGUAUGCCCGGGAAUUGGCGAAGAGACAAACCAAGAUCAAGGUUUGUGUCGUUGAUCCAGGCUUUGUAGAUACGAACUGGGCACAGUCUUGGAAAUCCUCAAGCUACAUACUUGAAGCGUUGUAUCCCCUUAUGAGAAUGGCAUCAAGCAGCGUGGAGAAUGGAGUUCAAAAUCAGUUGUGGGCAUCAGUUCACCCAAAUGUCAAGAGCGGGGUAUAUUAUCUUCCCGUGGGAAAACCGGCCGUGGGACAGGAAAACCUGACAACCCAAAAGCUGGCACAAAGGCUAUGGGAGUGGACGGAGACAGAGCUGGAGGGGAUGGACUGA